AUGGUCGAGUUCAUCGUCUGUUCUGGAAGGAAGAUACUCCUGCCAGGCGAUACUUCGCCCUCUCCAGCUACAAUCGUAGUUCACUUAUCGACAGGCAAGAUCAUCGACAUUCGAGAAGGGCAGGCUUCCUGCGAUGAACUCGGCCUUAAUAGGAGAGCCGUCGAAUGGAUUGAAGCAGGAGAUUUGGUCGUACUACCAGGCUUAGUGGAUGCGCACGUUCAUCUCAACGAGCCGGGGCGCACUGAUUGGGAGGGGUUUUGGACAGGAACUAGAGCCGCUGCCUCUGGAGGCAUCACCACAGUCGUGGAUAUGCCUCUUAAUUCGUUGCCACCCACUACGACUGUCCUGAAUCUCGAGGCAAAAAAGCAAGUUGCGAUGGGACAAUUGCACACUGAUGUCGCGUUUUGGGGGGGAAUCAUACCUGGCAAUCAGGAUCAUAUUCUACCUCUGGUGGAGGCCGGAGUACGAGGAUUCAAAUGUUUCCUGAUAGAAAGCGGUGUCGAUGAAUUCCCAUGCAUAGAAGAGCCUGAUCUUCAUAAAGCGAUGAAGAAGCUCGAGGAAGUUUCUGGUGUUCUCUUGUUCCACGCUGAACUCGCAGAUGAUAUGGAGCGUUACGAGAAACCGGACCCUAGGGAAUAUUCCACUUUUUUGGCUUCUCGUCCUCAAGAUCUCGAAACGAAGGCCAUCUCUCUGAUCAUCAAACUCCAGAGGUUGUAUCCAGCGGUACGGUGUCAUAUUGUCCAUCUCUCAGCUGCGUCGGGUUUGCCUUUAAUACGGCAAGCAAAAGUCGAUGGACUUCCUCUGACUGUCGAGACUUGCUUCCACUACCUUUGCCUCAGUGCGGAGGAUGUACCUGCUGGGCACACUGAGUUCAAGUGCUGCCCCCCUGUCCGAGAAGCGUCGAAUAGGGACAAGCUGUGGGAAGCUCUCAUAGAUGGAACUAUUGACUGUGUUGUCUCUGAUCAUAGCCCUUGCAUCGCGGAGCUAAAGAGGCUAGAUGACGGCGACAUCAUGGCUGCAUGGGGAGGAAUCAGCACCUUGGGAUUGGGCUUAAGCCUAUUGUGGACGGAGGGUAGCAAAAGAGGAGUGCCACUGGGAGACAUUAUUGACUGGACUAGCAAGAAGACGGCAGAACACGUUGGAUUCGAGUCAUCGAAGGGAAAACUACAAGUUGGAUAUGAUGGAGACUUUGUUCUAUGGGACGAAUCAGCACAUUACAAGGUGACAAAAGAAGCAUUGCAAUUCAAGAACAAACUAUCCCCCUACGAAGGCAUGACACUUCAAGGUCAAGUGGAGAAGACAUACUUGCGUGGUGUGAAGGUAUUUGAUCGGGUCGAGGGCUUUCAGGGAUUGCCGUCUACUGGGAGGCUUCUUUAG